AAAAUCUAACGAGUACUUUUGGGUGUCAGGGAAAAUGUAUGGAGUAAAAAGUUCCAUAUUUUCUUUAUAAAUGUAGUGAAGUGAAAGUCGAAAUAAACAGAAGUAUUAAAUUAAAGACAGAGCAAAAUACUACUUAAGUAGUACUUGAAAGUAUUUCUACUUAAGUUCUUUACACCACUAACUAAUGGCCCGACAACAGGAUUUCUCGUUGGGUUAAUGAGGCAACUAGUCACACCUGUGACAGGUCCUUUAAAAGGAGAGGUGGAAGAGAUAGACCAUAACUCACAGACAACAGAGAGAGAGACACCAAGGGAAUUCCUUGGAAGAGUGCAGAAGUUUUCCAGUACAAGCACAGCCCAACUAGUCACUUUCUCUGGAGACCAUCACCAUGGCGAUCUGGACCGUCAUUCUGCUUGUCAGCACGGCUUUUGCUCUGGGAGGGUCCCAUACGGGUUACGAUUCCAGAUGCAGGCCAAGCUUCCAGAAUGUUAUGUCCACAUUGCAAUGUGUGUGUCCAGAAGCUACGACACAACCCAAGACCCCCUGUGAGCGUGUUGAAGAUCCUGUGAAAAACGGACCGCCUGGAGACCACGUCCCCGCGUUUGAAAGCCAGGGAGAAUACACCCCUGAGCAACACUGGGGCUCAACAGGUUCCUCUUCCUGUCUUACCAGAACUGAAAAGAAGAUCCCGGGUACUGAAACUCAUCCGGGCGCUGCUCCAAUCAAAUGCGCAUACAGUGGUGCUCGCAGAUGAAAGGUGUUGAAGAGAAGACUGUAAAAAAAAAACAACAUUGGAGAUACUUUGUCUUUACUGUACAAUGGGAGCUGAUUCACAUUCCGUAUAAAUGAAGAAAUCCAGAAA